AUGUCCUACUACGACAACCCUCAGUCUCAGUGGUCGUCCUCGACCCAGAACAACUGGGAGCACCAGGGCUCGACUACUCCGGUCCGCGCAGGUACGCCGGGGGGCAAAAUACCUCGAAAUGGUUCUUUUAUUAACCCUCCUGCUCGUUCAGGCGCCAGCGGCCCUCAGCCUCAGGAUGACUACGCUUUCUCUUAUCAAUUUGAUGAGGUCGACCGAGCCUACGAGAACUUGCAGAAGUCUGGCAAGGGUUAUGGAAUGGGUGGCCGCCGUGAGUCUAUGAUCCAGCGUUCUUUCAAUUCCGCCCGAGGCCCCGACACAAUCGGGCGCCCCGACUCCCGUGGUUCCCAUCACACCCCCGGUUCUCGCCCUCACUCCGUGAACAACUUUGAUGAUGCCCGCGGCUCUCAGGGACCCAACCUUCAGAACUUCUACGCUAAUCAGCGUCACCAACCUUCACGAGGCUCCAACGAGGCAGAGCAGGUCAUGCAGGCUAAGAGACGGAUGGCAGCUCAACGGGAGCGUGAGCUUCGAAACCUGCACACAGAGCAGCAAUAUCAGCGAACCGUCCUUUCUGAGGUGCCCCUUCCGCCCAACAAGCACAUGUCCGAAGAGGAGACGCGAGACUUGAUUGCCCGUCAGCGAAGUGCCCUUUAUGGUGAGGGACCUUUUGCUGAGAAGGCUGGAUAUGUCGAUGAGACUGGAAACGUCCGCACCGGUGCCCCAGUUCCCAGCGGACCCUCAAGCCUCCGCGGCCCUUCGCCCCUUGCCUUUGACAAUGUUGGCCGUGCUCCUCCCACUGGUGAAGCUGGUACUCCUGUCUCUUCUGGUGAUGCCCACGGACCCCCCACCGAACCAAACUCGCGCCCUCACAGCACCGUCAGCCCCCAGGCUGCGGGUCCCGCAAACAAGGUCUUUGACAAUGCUCAGAGCCGCACUAGCACAUCCAGCCCAACGGGAGGCUCUCCCUCCCGAGAUCUCACCCCUGGUUCCAAGGCUAACCAGGCCGGCGCCUCGGUAGCUCCCAUCGGAACCCGACCUUCUGGUACACCUACAAACCCUUCGUCCAAGCGAUCUACCACUCCCCUCGCUUCCCCUGGUGGUUGGGGACGCGGCAACGGCGUUUGGGGUCAGUCUUCUGGUCUGGGUGCUCCUGCUAGUGUCUGGGGUUAG